AAAUAAAAUUAGGGUUUUGCGUAAAACAUAUCUCCUGCCUCCUCUUGUGCUAGGAAACCCUAGAAAACCAGCUUCAUCAAGGUUUCUGAGCUUAUCGCAACCAUGGCAGAAAAUUUAUUCCUUCGCGGAACAUUGAAAGGUCACGAUGACAUGGUUACAGCCAUUGCUUGUCCAAUCGACAACUCAGACAUGAUUGUUUCAUCUUCUCGUGACAAAUCGAUCCUUGUAUGGAGUCUUACCAAACAAGGAGAAAACUAUGGAGUUCCUAAACGUCGUCUUACUGGUCAUGGUCAUUUUGUUCAAGAUGUUGUUUUGUCUUCUGAUGGUCAGUUUGCACUAUCUGGUUCAUGGGAUGGUGAACUUCGUCUCUGGGAUCUCAACACUGGUGUUACUACUCGUAGAUUCGUUGGUCAUACCAAAGAUGUGUUGUCUGUUGCUUUCUCGAUUGAUAACCGCCAGAUUGUUUCUGCUUCAAGGGAUAGAUCGAUCAAGCUGUGGAAUACUUUGGGUGAAUGCAAGUAUACCAUUCAAGAUGGUGAUUCACAUACUAACUGGGUAAGCUGUGUUAGGUUUAGUCCUAAUACUUUUCAGCCAACUAUUGUUUCUGCAUCUUGGGAUAAGACUGUCAAAGUAUGGAAUUUGACUAACUGUAAGUUGAGGAACACUUUGGCUGGACAUGGUGGCUAUGUCAACACUGUUGCUGUUUCACCUGAUGGUUCAUUGUGUGCAAGUGGUGGUAAAGAUGGUGUCACUUUGCUUUGGGAUUUGGCUGAGGGUAAGAAAUUGUAUUCCCUUGAUGCUGGUGGUAUUAUUCAUGCUUUGUGCUUUAGUCCAAAUAGGUACUGGCUUUGCGCUGCAACUGAGGAAGGUGUUAAGAUUUGGGAUCUUGAGAGUAAGAGUGUUGUUCAGGAAUUGAAGCUUGAACCAGAAACAGGAAAGAACAAGACAUUUUACUGCUCAAGCUUGAACUGGAGUUCAGACGGAAGUACUCUUUUCACUGGGUACACAGAUGGUGCCAUUAGAGUUUGGGGAGUUGGCCGUUACUAAGAAAGCAUCUUAGCCCUGUAGUACAAUCUUUUUGAUUGAAUUUGAUACUGUGGAAGACAGUUGUGGGAGAGUGACUUUUUGAAUCGUUACUUUAAUCUACUAGUUGCAUGGGAUUUUAAUAUUUCUGUUUUUAUACCGUUUUCUUUUUUUCGGGUUUACUAGUUGCACGGGCUAAAGUUAAUAUUUCUGGGCUAAAGUUUGGUAAUUUGUUCCCACUUUCAAUUUAAACGAAAUUUCCAAUAA